ACACAAUGAACUAUCUCUUGCUUCCCUGGCCCUGGGCUCUGGUUUUAGUGCUGAGCCACGCGUCCCGCGUGGUAGCGGCGGUGGAACAAAGCAGAGAUCAAGAAACGGAACUUCACAGAGGAUCCGCCGCCAGGGACCUGACACUAGCUACAGAAUACCUCCGGCGGUAUUACGGCCUGCAGACAGAGCCCUCCUGGCGCAGGAAGCGGAGCGACUCCUCACUCGGAGACAGAUUGCGAGACAUGCAGCGUUUCUUUGGCCUCAACGCUACCGGCAGCCUGGACUCAGAGACCCUGGGGGUCAUGAAGACCCCGCGGUGCGGAGUACCUGAUGUGCUGGAUUAUACUGAUAAUACUGGGAGCAGGUGGACCAAGAGGAUCAUUUCAUACAACAUUGGCAGAUACACCAGUGACAUCUCUCCCGCCACUGUUGACCGCUUGAUUGAUUCUGCCCUCAACGUCUGGGGAAGGGUCAGCCCGCUGACCUUCGUUAGGUCAUUUUCCCGUGAGGCAGACAUCAUGGUGGACUUUGCAGCCCGUGAGCACGGCGAUUCCUACCCCUUUGAUGGGCCCCUGGGCACGCUGGCCCACGCUUUUGGCCCUGGGGAGGGCAUUGGAGGCGACGCCCACUUUGACGAUGAUGAAUUAUGGACUGCUGGGUCACAUGGGUUCAACCUGUACCUAGUUGCAGCACAUGAAUUUGGUCACUCCUUGGGUCUUGGGCAUUCUACUAACCCAGAGUCCCUUAUGUAUCCUACAUACAAGAGACAAAACCAACACAACCUGCUUUCGAGGGAAGAUGUCGUUAAAAUCAAUAUCCUUUAUGGAACAAGAGGAAUCCUGCCAUAUUACUAUUCAAAGACAAGUUCGAGUCCCUACUACAACAUCUGGAAUCUAGUUCCUCGGUAUCCUCUUCUGAUACAAGAUAAAUGCAACCCAAAUCUGUCUUUCGAUGCUGUUACAUCAGUGGGAGAUGCCAACAUGUUUUUCAAAGACAGCUAUCUCUGGAUCAAGUACGACCAACAGUGUGAGAUUAAAGAAGGUCCAGUCAGAAAUUUCAUCCCGAAAAUUGACUCGAACAUCGAUGCUGCCUACUCCAUUCCCCAACGGUCCCUCGUUUACCUAUUUAAAGGUACCAGCAGAACUUACCUACGUCUUUUAUCACCCUGGGAUGGGUUAUCUGUUGACGGCUUCAUAUUCUCUUCAUGCUUCUAUCCCCCAAUCCUAGCAUCCAAGUUCUGGACCAUGAAGGGAUCCCAGGUGAGAAAAAAACCGAAAUCCAUCUACAAAUUUGGGAUUUCCAAAGAGGUGGAGCGCUUAGACGCAGCGGUGCAUGUGAGCGACAUGGGGCACACUCUGUUAUUCGUGAAGGACAUGUACUGGAGUUACAAUGAAAACCGAAGAGCUGUGGUAGACUCCAAACCCCGGUAUAUCAGCGAGGAUUUCCCAGGGAUAAAUGCAUCAAUAAGUGCAGCGGUACACAAAGACGGUUUCAUCCAUUUCUUCAUCGGGCCAGUAGUUUAUAAGUAUGACUAUGUCCAGAAGCAGGUCGUCAGCGUGGGCAAAGCAAACAGCUGGUUGGGUUGCUAAGAUAUAUGAAGAUGUUGGCUGUUGAUUUUAAUAUAUUCUGUCAAGAUGAUCAAUAAAAUUUUACUUUAACUCAAAAGGUUUCUGUCUUGUUUUUCCAUUCUUUGUAAUUGUCCCAGAUUAAUUCACAUUUCAUGAUAAAAUGAAUGAUACUUUAUGGAUCCCUGUGGGGAAAUUCUCUUUUUGCUUACCUCAUCUUGCUCUCCAUGACACACAUGUAGGUGAGAGCAAGCUUGGCAGUGAAGGGCAGCCCCCCCAUAGCGGCCUUGCUCAAGGGCCCACAGACAUGUGACUAUCCUGCUGAAGCCAGGCUUGAAGUGGCAACCUUCCGAUCACAGGCCCAGAGGCUCAGCCCACUGAGUCACUCCAAUAUAUAAUAGCAGGUGGACUUACAGAUAAACUAAAUACACAAUUAACAAAAAGAAGUUCACAUUUAAGGUUAGCACCAUAGUUUUUACUGAAAUUAAUGACGCAAGAGAGGACUGUUUCUAGGUUGAAAUUUAAACUCGAAAAACUUACCCUUUAGGGCAAUGUUUCUCAACCCAUUCCUUGGGAACACCCAGACAGUCCACAUUUUUGCUCCCUAUCUGGAGCUGGGAGGAAGCAAAAAUGCAAAAAAUCUGGAUUAUCCAGGGGUUCUGCAAGGACCAAGUUGGAAAACACUGCUAAGGGAUGGAAUAUUGGGACAGAGUAGCUCAGUAGGUAGUGAAUCAUAGGGAUGGUCUGGUCCCUCUCAGCUAUGUGUGUAGGAUUUACAAGUCCCCUC